UCCAGAGCGGCUGAGGAGACGCUCAGGACCGUCGAGAGCAUUCUUCCAUUCCACCUCAACCCCAAUUGAAGUCCCCUUUAAUUGGGUUUGAUCAGAUCCGGGAAGACCCUGAUUCCUCCCGCUCUAACCCUCAACAGCCGAGCGUGAUCCAGCCCCCUUUUCACCGCUCUUGUGAAACACCAACUGCGUACGACUCAUACCUCUCCGACGGGAGCUGACCAUCCCACGCGCGCCUCCUCGGACAUCGUCAUCCUUCGCCCUGCCUCAGCCCUCGUGCUCAUAUACUCAUUUGAGCCCUCCUUCGUUGCUUUUCUGAAUCCUCUUCCCAGAAGACAUCUACCUACCUUGGCCAGAACCAUCCAGAGCGCCACCAUGUCGGCACCGCCACCUCGUCGCAGAGAACGAGGCCAACCCAUGCCACAAGAAUUCUACGACCCUCAAGACUACGCUGCCGAUCCGCGUCAGCAGUACGACCCGUACUCACCUCCCCCGCGCAACCGACACGCAGAGGAUCGUCCGCCGCGUCGACACAAGUCGGAGCGUCGACGACCACCCAGCCCUGAUGCCGAUCCCUAUGAAAAGCCGUCACGGCGACGACAACCGAGUCCUGGCUAUCCUGAAUAUGACCCACGCCAGAGGCCCUCUCGUCGACGCCAGCCAAGCCCUGGCUACCCAGAAUUUGAUGCGCCUCAGAAACCCUCGCGUCGGCGUCAACCAAGCCCCGAUUACCCCGCGCAUGACCCAUACGACAAACCUCGUCGCAGAGGAGGCGACCCUAGGCAACCACCUCAAGUGAUCAAUGGAGGCAGCAGGCACGGCGGCGGCGCGCCUGGGUCGCUGACCCCUCCAUAUGCCCCAGAGCCACCUCGCCCAGAGAGAGCACACAAGAAUAGAGAUUCAGAGCGGCACAGACGGGCUGACAGGCACUCAAUGCCUCCCCCGCGCAGAGGAGACGACGUGUACGACAAUCCGUAUGGCGCUGCCGGCGCGCCAAUGGAUGGACGAAGAGAUGGCGGCCGGCCACCGCGAGACCACCGCGAUGACGACCCGUAUGAGCGUCCUCGUCGCCGCCCACGAUCGCCCCCACCCUCAGGGCCGCGAGAUCGAGACCCCUACGAGCCACGCACGCGAGACAGAGGCCAUCGCCCUUCUCGCUAUGAUGAUGAUGGCUAUGGGGCUGCCCUGCCGCACCGACCUCGCUCACAAGCUCGAGCUCCACAUGGAUCCCCACCACCCCGAGAGAGACCCCCACCGGCAAAGGGCGGUGGUCGCCCGCCAGGUGGGAAGAGCGGUGGUCGUAAACGUCGCAUGUCCAUGCCGGCCGCCAUCACCAAGGGCCAAAUCGGUGGCGCUCCGUGGUGGCAGCAUUCGCUUGUGCAGAAUGGUGCGCGGCAGGCCCUCAGCGCGGGUGCGCAGGCGGCGUAUCGAAGUAAGAAUGACACGGGUCCUUGGAUUGGGCCCAAGGGGGCCAAGGUUGCGACGGCCGCGCUGAGUGCUGCUUUUGUCGAUGGCGUGUUCAAGAAAUGAGGGUCUAUGUACAAGGAACAAAUCGCAACUCAGGAUGCAGAAGGCCGGU